GUAUAGUCGAGGACUCACAACUAGUGAGAAGUUGGUAAGACGACAAUGCCUUGAUAGGCGUCGAUUGGAAGAAGCAUUUUUGCUGUAUGCUGUUUUGAAGACUCACUUUACUUAUAAUUUGGAAGUGGAUCAUAUUGAUUAUGAUAGAAAUUUGUUGGUAGAAAAGGUGGUUGACACAUUUCUGGAAAAAUUUUUGGAAAAAUGGAGUGGUAAGUUUGAAAAGAUUGACCUAUUCACCAGUUGUAAUUUGAACAAACAUAGCACAUACUGUAGGCUGUUACUAGCCUGUGAACAGGCCCUCCUGGGUUAUGGGCGCCGCAAAGAAAGGAGGGCCUGCACAGAACUAUAGGUUUUCUUGGUAGUGGCGUUCGUAUAGAAAUGCAUGCUUCUGAUUGGCUUAGACUCGUUGACACGUUACUAAAAAUAGCAAAUGUAAACAACAGCAUUUUGAACUUUAUAGUUUAUUCACAAAUGGAAACUAAAAGCAAUACCAAUAGCAAAGCAUCACAGCAAAAACCUGUAUCGUAAAUGACUUUAUGAUAUAUUGCUUGACAUCAAACCUAUAGGACCUAUUCGGAUUGACAUCAAACUGUGUAGUACAUUUUGGGGUCGUCGUAUUGCAGACGUUAUAUUGACAUACUGACUAGAGAUAUCAGAGAUAGCUUAACGAAGGCAUACAAAAAAUACCCAGAUAUGUACGAAUAAUUAUAUUGUUGAUGUUCCGAAUGUCAUAAGUCGUAUAACGUUGUACUUUAUAAUUUUGUAAAUUAUUUAAUAAUUUUACUGCAUAUUAUUAACUUCCUGAAAAAUGCUGGUUUUGUUUAAUAAGAACGAUAUUGCAUUAACUUUAUCAUUUGACUACUGUACGACGAUACGAAGAAAUUAAUUAAAUACAUGUUCAUUAAGACGUUUCCAAAUGCCGAUCUAUCUGACCGCAUUUUAAUAACUUCAAAUAUUCAAAACUUUGUUCCUUCAGUCACAAGUAGUGCAAGUAUUAUUACAUUCAAUGCAGUAUUUCAAUGGUUGUAUUUUAUUUGGCUUACAGUAAUAUUUGUAUGGAUAUUGAUUAUUCUAAAUGUAUUAUCCGGAAAUCCAACAUGAAUCAAUUCGAUUUCUCCGGAGCUAUGCCCACCCUUAACGUGCGAACGGUAAAAGGCUUGUUUAUAAAUUUGGUGAUAUUUCUUCAGAAUUGUUGUGUGGAUCAGUGGUAGUUUUUUUCUUCGAAAUUUUGAAAUAAAUAGACGUGCAUAAAUACAUAAAUUAAAACAGCAGGUUAAAAUUGAACCAAGGGUUAGCGGUAAUUCGGGUUUGAACAACUGGGCCCAGGUAAAGUAAAAUAAACCGAGUUCACUUACGUUUUGACGCACAACACGAGCCUGCAUUCAGUGUUGCCCAGUUCGUAAUACUUCGUUUUAAAUCAAUGUUUUCAAAAUAUAGGGCAUGAGGUUGCUGCAGUGCAUGGAUGCAUGUAUUUCUAGUAUUAUAUUCAGCUUUGUGAUUUACUGUACGUGUUUUGUUUAUACUAUAUAGGUUUUGACUAAUCCAUAUGAUUGCUUUAUUGUUAUCGUGUGAUCAUUUUUGGAAUAAGUAAUCGAAAAGCACAUGUGAUUUCCUUAUCCAUGCUACUAAUUUCCAGACAAGGGGCCUUUUUUCAAAAUAUCUUAAAUUAUAAUUAAUUAUUUUCAGACAGUGGUAUCAUAUUUUCCUAAUUUCUUACACUGGCACCCCUUCAUCCUUAAAUUAUUAAGUGCUUCUGAGUUAUUUUUCAUCUACAUGUUGAUUUGCAUGCAAUGGUUUGAGUAAAACGAAACAUUUUGUUAGUAAGAGUUUAAUGAUGUAAUCAUCACUGAUGGGAUUCCUGUUUACAUAGUGACAAUUCUGUAAGUUUGCAAUCGUUGUACGUAUUUUAACUUGAUGAAUUAGCAUUUUUUUAACAUUACCUACAGGUACAUACUGUAGCUGAUAAAUUAACUGUGACCGCCCCGAAUCAUCAUUACCUGCAGGCUACAAUAAAAGUGUUUCUUAUCUACACGGUGAUACACUUUCAAACCUCAUGGCUCAUAUUUGAAUAUAGUAGCACAGGAGAUAAUAUAGUUUGUUUUCUUAAUUAUUUUGUAGGACACAGAUGCAGUGUUAAAGGUUGUGGGAAUGUCAUUGUUUUAGACGGAAAUAUGAAAAAUGCACGGACAGUUUGUAGUUGCAACAGUGUUGGAGAAAUAGUAUUUGAGGGUAUUGGCAAUGUCGUUAUAGGUACGUAAGUGUGAAUGGGAAAUGUGCAUAAAAAUACUGAUAAGGAAUUUAGUUGAAGAUAAAAAAGUUGUGUAUAGGACUGCUAUCAUUGUUUUUUAACUCUGUAAACUUUCUUAAGUGAACAUUCGUCUGAAGGGGACAGAUAUCUUUGGUCCCAAUGCCCCCAUGUAAGUAAAAUCAAAUUAGGCAGCAUAAUAAUUAAGAAUUUGUUAAGUUCGCCUCUUAUAGUUUUGAGUAGAACUAUAUAACAGUUGUGAACCAUGUUUUUAAUGACGUAUUGAAAAAUAUACACCGAUCAAGUACGUUGUUUCUUUUACAGUAAAUGCUAGACAUUUUUCAAAAUUUUCGUCAAAGCAUAAUAACUUAUUUAAGUGAAUAUUUACUGUUGGAUGAUUUUUGAGUCCAUUUAGUCCCAGUUUCUAAUAAUAUAUAAGAGAAAAACUGCUAAAUAGUUUAUAAUGCUUGAAUAUUGUUUAUGUUAUCAGGAUGUCCGAAUACUCCAGGCAAAGGUGUAAGGUAUUGUGAAAUGCAUGAAGGUCUUGCCCGAUCAUAUAUUGAUGAAGGAAAAAUUAUGGAGGGUGAAGGAGGAAACAGAGUUACAACUGAUGAGGAGUUGGUUAUCCAGCGCAUUUUGAGCAACAAAGUUACAAGACAGGGAAAUUUUUGUGAGGUAAAGGGCGAUUGGUGUUAAGGGCUGAGGCCAUAAUCUUUAGACGCAGGCUCAACUGUAUGUUAUACAUUCUAUAUUAAUUCUGGGCACUUUGAUUGUUACCCUGGUUCCAGAAUCUCUUAUAUAAACACCUGGGAGGGAAAAAAACGGCGAUGCAAGAUAAACACGGGGAAAAAACGUGUGUUCAAAUCGAUUGCGAAUCUGAGUUCCAGACUUUUGCUCCAUUUCUUUCGCAGGCGUGACCUAGUGUCCGGUCCGGUGAUCUGCUAUUUGUAUAAAAUUAAUAUACGUAAAACUGGUUUGGGAAAUAUGCGUGUGCAAAGCUAAUUAUAUGGCGUAUGUACAUUACUUAUCUGUUUGCUUUUUCAUUAAUAGAACAUAUAUGAUUACGAUAAUAUAUGCAAUAUAAUAAAACUUAUUAUAAGGAAUUAACAUGAGAAAAGUUAACUGAAAUUUAAUGCUAAGCGACUUGAGGUUAGGGGUGCACCGGAUUUCAAAUGCGGCCGGAUUUAACGAAUUUUCCGGCAUCCGGCCGGAUUUGGAGAAAAUCCGUCCGGAUUUAAAUUUCUGUUUUCACCUUAAAAAAUGGGAUAAACCAUCAAUUUGGCAGCUUUAAAGUUUAAAAAACACUUAUAUUAUUAUAAAAUAUUAAGUUAUUAACAAAAAAUAUUUAAAUAAGGUUUAAACACAAUCAAAAAUCUAAACUGACACUAACUAAAAAUAGUAAAAAACAUAAACCGCCAUUUUGAAUACUGAUUUAUCCACAAUUGUCCCCAUUACCGGUUUAUUUUAAAUCCGGCCGGAAUUUUUGUCCAAAUCCGGUAAAUCCGGUUCCGGCCGGAUUUGAAUAUUCCAAAUCCAGUGCACCCCUACUUGAGGUGUUGUACUUAAUUUAAGACGUCAUUUUGACAAUGUAUAAAAUCAUUAUAUUGUACUUGUUAGGUAGAAUGGUGUAAUGGGAAAGUAUCAUGGGUAAAAGAGAGUAAUCUGCCAGCAGAAGUCAGAAAUAUGGGAUGCAAAAAUAUUGUGAAGGCCAUUGAGAUGGUUCAAUUUGGGAGAAAGUUGCGUUUUCUUGUCAAAAGUGACAAAUCAACCGAGACGAAUGGAUCAGUGGGCAGGUACAGUUAAUGCUUACUUAUAUUAAUGCUAACAUGUAUAGUUCUAAUAGGGAAAGGUACGUGUAUUGAAUAUUUUCUUAGGAAUAUAUAGUAAGGAUAUAAGGACAGUAUUGUCAUUAAAAAAUAUAUAUUUAGCACGCCGAUUCGUGGAUAUUUUCAAUAAGAGCUGUAAUUUCAACAAGAUUAACAACCUGGACAUAAAAUUCAUGUUGGUUGACCCCGUUUAAAAUCGUUAUGUGAUGGACGAGAAAUUACAAACUGGGAUUGUAAAAGAACAAUUAAUUAUAUAUGUUUAUGUGGCUUUUUUAUGUGUUCCAUUUUUAAUGCAACCAUGCACAGUCAUGCACAAAAGUCUUGGAGAAAUAAUCAAAUAUUAUAGGCAUAUAAUAAUGAUAUUACUGCAUGACAGUAGUAAUGAAUGGUAUUUUAAAUUUUUGAAAGAAUUAAAAUAACAGAUCGCCGGGAUUUUUCAUGUCAUCAUCAGUACAUGGACCUCGUCUUUCAUCUCGGAGUUUCAUCUCGAUUUAUACUAACUGGGUUGAAAUUCAACUGGGCUGAAAAGUCUGCAUAUAAUCGGCCCAUUAUAAUUGCAUGGCCUAUACGCCUGUAUUCUAAAAGCUGAUACUCAAUGAGUGAAGGUUCAAUUUGACCUUUCCUUGAGUGUCAAUGCUGUUUUUGAAUAGCUGCAUAGAGGGUGAGUAGUCACAUAGUAAGGUACGACACUAACACUCCAGCUGUUGAGUGUGAAUGUGAGUGAGCUUUUAGAAUACGCGCGUAAGUUUCUGGUACCUUCAGUUCGACUUGGUCGUUAUGACAAGCAAGUGUUUGCAUGUAGCUGUGCAACAAACUAGAAACUUGUAUAAUUUUUACUAUUUAGUGCUGGGUUUGGCGUUCACGAUAAAGAAGAUGAGGUUGUCGUGGAUGGGCAAACUAAGCGGAAUUUAGUAUGUGGUACUUCUAAAGAGAAACACAAAGCUAAGAACUUAAAAACAGCUGGUGAGUGUUGUACUUUAUGUUAUAAUUAUUUUUACUGUAUGAAGAAAAAAAGGAACUGAUUUUUACAUAUUUUUUAUGCUAUGUUGUAUUUUGAAUGAAAUAAAAAAGUAUAUAUACACACUCAGAAGUGUUACAUGGUGUAUAGUAUAAACGGCUUGUUAUACAUUUUGUCAUGUUUCAUGCGUACUGGAAGUAAGGGUUAAGCCUUAAGGUCAUGUGAUUAGAAUAAAUAUUUAAAAAGAAAUGUAUUCGUAAACGAAACGAGGCUUUUUAGCUAGUAUUUAAUGCAGAAGCCAUUUCACCUAUGCCAUAUUGUAAGAACGUCUAUAAAAGUGGUCGUAAGCUUACACUGUGUUGUUACAAAAUGCAGUACUUAUUUGUUUGCGUAAUGUUUCUGCCUAUAGGUUGUCUAACAUUUCAGUGGCCAUGUGGUAUUGUGGUUAACAUCGCCGAAAUGUUUAACUGCGAAUCAAAAAGUCAGGUUUACGGACAUUUAAAUAAAAUUAUGGCGAAAGAGAAUAUGUCUGGAGUGGGUAAGUGGAGUUCAUGAUGACUGUUAUGUCUGAUUGGUCUGAAUAAAAAAAGUAAAAAAAAAUUGUUCGUGCAUGUAUCAACUUGCAGACAGUCAGACUGUAUACUUCCAUCGCUUAGAAACUAUAUGCUAUGACGAUGCCUGCCAUCUUCUACGAUAUGCGCAAAACCCGAGGAGGAGAACCCUGACGAAUACAAGUGAACGAAUCUCAAACAUGGAAAUUGUUGUGGAUAAAUUUCACUUUAAAAACCAUGUGGAUAGUUGGUGUAAAACGCACUGUAACCCAUACAAGUGCAGGCAACUUGACCAGGUGAGUAAAUUCUGCCAUGUGAUUGUUUACAAGAUCUAAGCGUAUUGUAUAGCAGUAAAAAUGAAGCAUUUUUUGAGAAAUUAUAAAAGUACUGUAGCGUUUUCAGUUGCAGCUAUAUAUCGUUAUCUGAAAACUCCAUACUAGAGGGGAAUGCUGUAUAUAGCAUGCGUACAGUAUUCAGUGCUUACAGUAUUGCGAACUUAUAAUUUUUGGGGCAAGGGGUAUUGGGUAUUUGGAACUUAAUUUUAAAUUUUUGACUCUAAUAACAUUUUGCGAACUUGAAGAAUGAAAAAAACAAGAUGGAAAUGAAUUAGCCUUUCUCACGAUGACGAAUAUCCGCUAUUUUUGGGCGGCAUCUAGUUCUCGUUAACUUUGUGCAGGCUAUUAAAACAAUGUAUAAAAAACAAUUUUUAAAAAAUAAACUAACCAGUUACAAAGCAAGUUUACCAUUAUUGGUCCAAAAAAUUAUAAAAAGUCGCUGUUAUAUGGACGUAUCAUAUACUAUCUUGCAGACUUCGGCCGAAAAGCCACCCAAAAAUGACGGCGUUAGAAAGGCUAAUUAUUUCCAUGUGUGAAAAAGUAAGAUUAUGUAUAAUUAAAAAAUUAAUAAAUAAUUAACGAGGAAAAUACAAAAGAAAUGAAUGUUUAAUUUUAAUUAAUGUUUGUAAAUGGGAUAAAGAUUUGUCCUGAUUUACAUAAACUUCAGGUUUGAUUUUCUUGGCUUAGGCAAUGUUUAUUUGAAAAUUACUUCGCCAAUGAACUCAUAAGAUGGGUCAUUUUUUAAGUACGAUAAAACAUUGACAUCUGAUCUGUAUCUGAUAUACAAACUCUCGCUUUCGGCUGGAGUUUGUAUAUGAAAUAAAGAUCAGCUGCUCAUGCAUGCACAUGUAUGUUUAAAACAAUCCUCAAUGCUGUACUAUAUUAAGAGGAGAUUUUUUUGUAUGUUACGUAACACACCCUUAAAACUAAUGCGUAUAUAAUAUACCAUUUGAGGUAACACACCCUUAAAACUAAUGCGUAUAAUAUAGCAUUUGAGGUUAUGACUAAAUUCCAAAUUUUUAUUUUUCGAUACGUUUCUCAAUCGGCAAACAAACUUAAAAAGUAUGUUUAGUGUUUUAUCUGUAAAAGAAUGUUAAAAUGAAGAUAUUUUAGAUGAUACGCCAAAGAGAAAAUGAUGUCUGAAGUUCCGCAAGUUUUGCUAAUAUGGCUAUAAAUAUGGCGUCAAUUUUAAAGCAACAUUGACAAUUGUAUUUUAAUUCACAAUUUUUAACUAUUAUUUUAUGUUUCUCAACCAGAAGAUGCAUUUAAAAAGAUAGCUAACUCUAUAAACUAGAGAAUAAAGCUUAAACAAAGUAAUUUUGAGAGGAACGCCAAAAAGAUUUUAGGUUUUGCACACUUUUCAUUGCAAAUACGUGACAUUGAAAAAAAUUGCCUCUUAAUACUCUUGAAGGGCUUGUGCAAGACAAAAUGAAAAGUAAUGUGAUGAAUGCCGAUGAGUGAUUGACUAUAUUAGUUUUUUGUGUAUGUUAAGUAAGACCACCGUAUUUUAAUUUUGUUUAGGUGAACACGGAAGUAUGCGAGCAGACAUUCCACUGGUUUUCUUUGUUUAGCAGGAUGACCAAACAUAUGAAUAGGUGGCGAUUUUUAUUCUUUGUUGUAUAUAUAAUGGACAGUCAUAAUAACAUAACAGAAGGAAAUUGA